AUGGGUGAGACGGCGGUGGUGGCUGAAGGUUUAGGCUGCGUGAAGCCCCAAAGCAACGCCCUCCCAAAUGACAUGCUGCCCAUCGCGCAACGCGUCAAAAAUGAGCCCCUUCUCAGCACAAACUCCACAAAUAAGGAUCUGCACUCGAACCUCGUCGACCUCGAGGAAAUUGUGAUGAACUGGUCGCGCGUCGUGUUCAACGCCACCAAGAGCAAACAGGAGGCAAAGAUCAAGAAGAAGUAUCUCUCGUUCAACAUCAACUGGACGAAGCUGUUCCAAGAAUCGAUGGAGCCCGAUUAUAGCCCUGGCGUCGACAAGACCCUCACGAAGAGAAUGCCCCAAGAAGAAAAGGUACUCUUCAAGACCACAUUCACCAACACCACGCAACGCGAACAGGAAUAUUCCUUCAAGACCGAGCGUACGACACGCUCUACCAGCACGGUUAUCGUAGAAAAAGGCGUUUGCCGCGGUGUCCAAAUGGAGCUGAAGCUGAAGACGCCGUGCGAGGUGGUCGAGGCAGGAGCCGGGUUCGCGCAGGAGGUCUCGCUAAACCACAUUGGCGAGAAUUCCGUGGAAGAGGAGCUGACGUGGGGUGUUGAUUCGUGUGUCAGGGUCCCACCCAAUUCGGAAACGUGCGCCGAGCUGGUGGUCCUCGAGGAGCAGAUGGUCCGAAAUUUCAGCAUCAGGAAUACGCUGUUCGGCAAGGUGCUCGUGACAGUGACAAACCUCAAAGAAAACAACUCGCUGAUCACGAUCCUCGAGGGCAACAUCGUCGAUAUCAUCCGCGGCAUGGGUGACCACGGCGCCAAGGGGUUCACCCUCGACGGCCAUACGGUCCUCUACGACACGAAGGGGCAGUGCAUCUUCAGAUAUGGUGUCGAGCAGAAGGUGAAGAUCAACGAGAUGGCCAUCCGGUCUUAUAAA